AUGGACACGGAUCUAUGCCCAGCAUACGCACCCUUCUUCUCCUCCAUGGGCGUCGUAGCCGCAAUCGUCUUCUCCUCCUUCGGCGCGGCCUACGGCACAGCAAAAUCGAGCGUCGGCUGCAUGUCUGCCGGCAUCAUCCAUCCACAUCUCGGAGUUCGUGCCAUCUUACCCACCGUCUUCUCCGGAAUCCUAGCGAUCUAUGGUCUAGUCUGUUCAGUCCUGAUCGCAAACAAAAUCACAACCGUUCUACCACUCUACACGAGUCUGAUAAAUCUCGGAAGUGGACUUGCGGUUGGACUCUGCAGUCUUGCAGCGGGAUUCACGAUUGGCAUCGCUGGUGAUGCCGGAGUUAGAAGUAUUGCGCAGCAGCCGAGACUUUUUGUGAGCAUGGUAUUGAUAUUGAUUUUUGCUGAGGUUCUCGGCCUCUAUGGUAUGAUUGUCGCUCUGAUUCUGGAUACAAGAGCUGGGUUGGGAAGCAAGCUGUGCAAUUCUUCUUAA